UUUUUUCUUGACAGCGCUCCUCCAUCAGUGUGCUGCUGCGCUUGAAGAAAGGGGGAAGCCGGUCUGAAGCUUCUCGACAGGCCGCCACAGGCAUCGUCACUCCUCCCCCACAUGGAGCUGUAGUAGUGCGAGCACACACACUUUCUUCUGGGGGAUUUAUUUUCAUUUAACUUUUCCAAUUUACCGACAAAAGUUCGUGCACCACCAGCGCGGGCGAUCACCAUGGAGACACAGAGGCGGCCCGCCAGGUGGAGGACGAAAAGGUGGCUGCAGGGGUCCACGUUCGCCGCCGUUGUUGUUUUAAUUCUACAAACCGCCGCUGUCAGAGCAGCCGAGCCAGUGGACGUGUUGAAGGCUUUGGACUUCAAGAGCUCGCCUGUAGGCGUGAAGAAGACACCCGGAUUCUGCACAAUGCGCCGUGGCUCCAAACCCGAUAUUGCGUACCGAGUAAGCAAGAACGCUCAGAUCAGCGGUCCGACCAAGCAGCUCUUCCCAGAUGGAGUUUUCCCAGAAGACUUCUCCAUCAUGUUCACUGUCAAGCCCAAAUCAGGCCUGCAGUCCUUCCUGCUGUCUGUAUACAACCAGCAGGGCAUUCAGCAGUUAGGCGUGGAAGUGGGCCGCUCGCCCAUCUUCCUGUUCGAGGACCAGCACGGAAAGCCGGCCCCCGAGGAGUACCCCCUGUUCCGCUCCAUUAACCUGGCUGAUGGCAAGUGGCAUCGUGUGGCCAUCAGCGUGGAGAAGAAGAGUGUCACCAUGAUUGUGGACUGUAAGAGAAAGGUGACAAAGACUCUGGCCAGGAGCGAGGAUGCGACCAUCAACACGGAAGGCAUCACCGUCUUUGGCACCAGGAUCCUUGAUGAGCAAGUCUUCGAGGGUGACAUCCAGCAGCUGCUGAUUGUGGCAGACCCCCGGGCCGCCUAUGACUACUGUGAACACUACAGCCCCGACUGUGAAACCCCCAACCACCAGGACACCCCCCAGGCCCAAGAACCUGAGGAAGAGUACACUAACUAUGAUUAUGGUGAGUUCUAUGACUACAGCGAAGGAGUACUCACCACCGAACCCGCCCCAACGGAAGGCGCCAAGACCGAGACCCUCGUAGACGGCGACUACUUCACCGACUAUGACUACAGCAUUGUGGAUGGAAGUCAGCCUGAAACUCCCACGGCGGGCCAGACAAAUGAAGAGGCAAACGUGGAUGAUUACAUCACCGGCAUGGAACAGGUCGGAGCGGACCCCACCCCCGGUGUCGAAACAGUGGACACCAAUGACAAUGUGGACGCUGGCACCGACACACACGUAUUCAGGGAAUACGACCUGAAUGAGGGAGAGGAGACCCAGGAGACGCCCUACGACUACGGCGACUACGGCGACUACGGCACUCCAACCGAAACCCACAAAUCUACAGGCGAGGAAGAGUUCGGUACUGGUGUUCCGGCGGAAACCGACUUCAGGACGAGCGGCGUGGGAGGAAGUCAAAGUUACCUGGGUGAGAAAGGAGAGAAAGGAGAACCUGCCAUCAUUGAGCCCGGUAUGCUUAUAGAAGGACCCCAAGGAUCCCCCGGCCAGGCAGGUGUCCCGGGUACCCCAGGACUGCCAGGUCCCCCAGGACCUCAUGGAGAUCCCGGUCCAAGGGGUCUUCCAGGACGACCUGGAAUUCCAGGUUCAGACGGUGUCCCAGGGCCUGCAGGUACCAUUCUGAUGCUUCCAUUCCGAGCAGGCGGCGAGGCACAUAAAGGACCCGUAGUGACGGCGCAAGAGGCUCAGGCUCAAGCCAUCCUUUCCCAGGCUAGACUGGCCAUGAGAGGUCCUCCAGGGCCAGCGGGAAUGGCGGGACGGUCCGGUCCUGUGGGCGGUCCCGGUGGUCCCGGUCUUAAAGGGGACGGCGGAGAUAACGGACCACAGGGCCCCAGAGGUCUUCAGGGUCCUACCGGUCCCCCAGGAAAGGCAGGAAAGAGAGGCCGUAAUGGAGCUGACGGUUCACGAGGAAUGCCAGGAGAGUCCGGAACCAAGGGUGACCGAGGUUUCGACGGCCUUCCCGGUCUCCCCGGAGAGAAGGGCCAUCGGGGGGAGCACGGUCCGACAGGGCCUCCAGGAUCUCCAGGAGAAGACGGGCCAAGAGGGGAAGACGGCCAGGUUGGACAGAGAGGUGUGGCUGGAGAGGGCGGUCCUCGAGGUUUGCUCGGCCCCAGAGGUUCGGCGGGUCCCGCAGGACAGCGCGGUAUUCCUGGACUUGACGGUCAAGCGGGUCCCAAAGGAAAUAUGGGUGUACAAGGAGAGCCAGGUCCUCCCGGACAGCAGGGUUUCUCUGGACCUCAUGGUCUCAUUGGGCCUCAAGGUCCGAUCGGGCCUCCUGGUGAAAAAGGACCUCAAGGUAAACAAGGUUUGGCCGGCCUUGGUGGUGCCGAUGGACCUCCUGGUCACCCAGGUAAAGAGGGUCCUCCAGGAGAAAAAGGAGCAGCUGGUUUCCCCGGACCAAUGGGAUCCAUCGGCUACCCCGGCCCUCGAGGCGUCAAAGGAGCAGAGGGAAUCCGAGGCCUAAAAGGUAGCAGAGGAGAAAAGGGAGAAGAUGGCUUCCCUGGCUUCAAAGGCGACAUGGGCCUGAAGGGCGACAAGGGUGAGGGGGGUGUAACUGGACCCCGAGGUGAGGAUGGCCCAGAGGGCCCCAAGGGCACAUCAGGACCCAAUGGUGAUUCCGGUCCCAACGGUCCAGCCGGAGAAAAGGGAAAGCUUGGAGUGCCCGGCUUGCCCGGAUACCCGGGAAGACUAGGUUCCAAAGGCUCCAAUGGCUUCCCCGGUUUUGCCGGCGCCAAUGGCGAGAAAGGCGCAAGGGGAGUUGCUGGCAAAUCCGGACCUCGAGGCCAACGCGGCCCAACGGGUCCACGUGGUGGGCGUGGUGCCAGAGGACCUACAGGAAAACCAGGAGCAAAGGGCACCUCAGGCAGUGAUGGACCCUCAGGACCACCCGGAGAGAGGGGUCCUCAAGGACCACAAGGACCUGUAGGCUUCCCCGGACCAAAGGGACCCAAUGGCCCCGCAGGAAAAGACGGGCUGCCAGGUCACCCAGGACAGAGAGGAGAGACGGGCUUCCAAGGAAAGACCGGACCACCAGGACCAGGAGGCGUAGUUGGACCUCAAGGUCCAACCGGAGAGACUGGACCUAGUGGAGAGCGAGGACACCCUGGUUCCCCAGGCCCACCUGGAGAGCAAGGUUUGCCAGGCGCUGCUGGAAAAGAGGGUGGAAAGGGAGAUCCAGGUCCUCAGGGGCCCAGCGGUAAGCCGGGUCCUGCAGGUCUUCGUGGCUUCCAGGGAACAAGGGGUCUUCCAGGAGCCAUGGGUCCAGGUGGCUUAAAGGGAGGAGAAGGGCCCCAGGGCGUCUCCGGCCCCAUCGGUUCCCCAGGUGAGCGAGGCGCGGCCGGCCCCGGAGGUCCCAUUGGACAGACGGGACGCAACGGCCCCCAAGGACCACCAGGAGCUGCUGGUGAAAAGGGAGCUCCUGGAGAAAAAGGUCCCAUGGGUCCCGCUGGCCGCGAUGGCAUCCAAGGUCCCGUCGGACUUCCCGGUUCGGGCGGACCUCAGGGCCCACCCGGAGAGGACGGUGACAAGGGAGAGGUUGGCGGACCUGGACAGAAGGGAGGCAAAGGAGACAAGGGCGAACUUGGUCCACCAGGCCCCAGUGGUCUUCAGGGUGUGAUCGGAGCUCCUGGUCCAGCUGGCAGCGAUGGCGAAGCCGGCCCCCGAGGACAACAGGGAAUGUUUGGCCAGAAAGGAGACGAAGGAUCCAGAGGCUUCCCGGGUCUUCCGGGACCCAUCGGACUACAGGGUUUGCCCGGCCCUCCAGGCGAGAAGGGAGAGAACGGAGACGUUGGAGCCAUGGGUCCUCCUGGACCACCAGGCCCCCGUGGCCCCCAGGGACCAGGUGGAGCCAGUGGAGCUCAAGGCCCCUCCGGUGGAAUUGGAGGACCAGGAGCUGUCGGUGAGAAGGGAGAAACUGGAGAGGCCGGCAACCCAGGACCACACGGAGAGCCAGGUUCAGUCGGCCUCCGAGGAGAGACCGGAGAGAAGGGAGAAGCUGGACCUCCCGGAGCUGCAGGACCCGCCGGGGCCCGCGGACCACCUGGAGAUGAUGGUCCCAAGGGUAACGCUGGCCCUGUUGGCUUCCCAGGAGAUCCUGGUCCCCCUGGUGAGCCCGGUGCCGCUGGCCUUGACGGUUUAGGAGGUGACAAGGGAGACGAUGGGGAGGCCGGUCAACAGGGUCCCCCAGGUCCUUCUGGCGAGGCCGGCGUACCAGGACCUCCUGGCAAACGGGGACCCAUUGGACCAGCAGGACAGGAAGGACGACAAGGAGAGAAGGGUUCCAAGGGAGAAGCUGGAGCCGAAGGACCUCCUGGAAAGACUGGUCCUGUGGGAGCCCAGGGGCCCACCGGAAAGGCUGGUGCCGAGGGUCUUCGAGGAAUCCCCGGCCCUGUUGGUGAGCAAGGACUUCCUGGUGCUUCUGGAAAAGAUGGACCUCCUGGACCUCUUGGACCACCUGGACUUCCUGGUAUGAAAGGCGCCUCUGGAUUCAAGGGAGAGAAGGGUCACCCCGGUCUCAUCGGUCUCAUCGGACCGCCUGGAGAUUUUGGAGAGAAGGGAGACAGAGGUCUGCCUGGACCGCAAGGGCUUGGUGGUGGCAAGGGUGAAGCUGGUAUUGUGGGUCCUCAAGGUCCUCUUGGUCCUCCUGGUCCUCCCGGUAUUCCUGGAGCUCAUGGACAAAAAGGCUCCAAGGGAUCAAACGGUGGAGCAGGUCAAAAAGGAGACCCUGGAAUGAUGGGACCACCUGGACCUCCUGGCCCAGCAGGCGACAUCAUCCAGUCGCUGCCAAUCCAGCACGUGUCAAGGAAGAACAAGCGGCAUGCCGAGGAGCAGGCGGACGAGGCGGCGGACGACUACAGCGUUGACGGCCUGGCUAUGGAAGACGUUUUCGGCUCCCUCAACAACCUCAAGCAGGACAUUGAGCGCAUGAAGUUCCCUCUGGGUACCGCCGACAACCCCGCUCGCACCUGCAACGACCUGCGACUCAGCCAGCCUGACUUCCCUGAUGGUGAAUACUGGAUCGAUCCCAACCAGGGUUGCAUCGGAGACGCCAUUAAAGUGUUCUGUAACUUUACGGCGGGCGGCGAGACGUGUAUCAACCCAGACAAGAAGUCCUCAGGGGUCAGAAUAUCCAAUUGGCCCAAGGAGACGCCUGGUUCCUGGUUCAGUGAAUUCAAACGUGGAAAGAUUCUCAACUACAUGGACGUGGCCGACAACAGUAUUAACGCAGUGCAGAUGACCUUCCUGAAGCUUCUGAGCUCAUCGGCGCGCCAGAACUUUUCCUACGUGUGCCACCAGUCGGCGGCGUGGUACGAUGCCAAGACCGACAGCUACGAUAAGGCUCUGCGCUUCCUGGGCUCCAACGACGAGGAGAUGUCAUACGACAACAGUCCCUUCAUCAAGCCGCUCCUCGACGGCUGCGCUUCCAAGCAGGGCUACUCCAAGACGGUUUUGGAGAUCAACACCCCUCGCAUCGACCAGCUGCCCAUCCUGGACGUCAUGCUCAACGACUUUGGCGACUCUAACCAGAGGUUCGGCUUUGAAGUCGGCCCCGUCUGCUUCCUCGGCUAGACCCCUACCCCCUCCUCCCACUCUGAAACCCCUCCCAACCCCUGCCUCCCACCUUAAGCCCCUUGCCCCCCUGCCGUCCCCCCCUCCCCCCACUGACGGACAGGGUCGGACGGCGCAAAGCAAAGAAGAUGAAAGAUGUGGCGAGUGUCGUCGUGGCAACCCUCCGUGGGGUCGCAAUCACAUGACUGAGAAGUUAGUCAGAGAAAAUAAAAAAGGACUUUUGAUGGCGUGGUGGGCGGACGCGCUCGACCACAGAUGUGCGUUUGCGCAAAACACUCAAGGUGCUACACAAAUUGCUUUUUGAUGAAACUGUAAUUAUUAUAAUAAUUAUUAUUAUUUUGUACAAUAUUGUGCCUUUCUGAAUCCACCACCAUUAAGAGACUUUGCAUGUGUCCCAGCUCGUAAAUGUUCCCUGUUAAAGUGUUAAGAAAUUAUCCAACCCGGACGUACAGCACGUUUGAACAAAUUUGUAAGUAUCAAAAAGUUUGUAAAUAAAAUUAUGACAGCAGGCAAAAGUGCAACACAAAAGACAUAGUAUUUUUUAUUGACUUAUUGGGAAGUUGAGCCAUAAUAAAAAGUAAUAUAAAUAUUUUCCAAAAGUUCUUAUUCUGUAUACCUCAAAUAAACGUGGGCCAUAGUUGUUUGUUCUAGAAUACAUUUUUUUGCAAGAAGAAAUGUUCUUUGGUGUUAAUUUACCACCCAAAAAGCCUUGUUGACUUAUUGUGUGCCUUUUAAAAAUAUUAAAACUGGAUUCUGAAACUGGA